ACGUUAACCACUGUCAUCCCUGACACAGGGGUAACCGAGAUGGGCUCAGCCGGGCUUCGGGCAGCCGCCAGAGCAGCACAGAGAGUGAUAUGAAAUCCUUGGAGCCCCGGCCAUGGAGCAGCACAGACUCUGAUGGCUCGACCCGCAAUCUGCGGCCUCCGGUCACCAAAGCCAGCAGCUUCAGUGGCAUUUCCAUCUUGACACGAGGAGAUAGCAUUGGUGGCAUUGGCAAAGGGAAUGGCGCCAGCAGGACUGUCAGGCCAGGUCUGUCUCUAAGUACGCCUGAAGCCUGCAGUCAAGUCUCCUCUGCUCAGCCUGGCCGAGGCCUCUUGCCAUGUGCUGCUCAGCAACCGCAGCAGCAACCACUUCCACCCACACCGCAGCAACAGCCGGCAAUGACUAAUCACAUCAUAUCGCAGCCGGUCCCAGCAUUGCAGUCCUCUCCGCAGCCAGUUCAGUACUCUCCAAGCUCCUGCCCCCAAGUCCUUCUGCCAGUCUCUCCACCCCAGCAGUACAACAUGGCUGAUGAGCUCAGCAACCCCUUUGGGCAGAUCAGCCUCAGCCGCCAAGGCUCCACUGAAGCACCUGAUCCGUCCUCCGCCAUGUUCCAGCAACCAAUCAUGUCCCAGCAUCCUCAGCAGACAGGAUUCAUCAUGGCUUCCCCAGGGCAGCCAAUCACUGCCUCCAACUACUCUGCCUCAGGGCACACGGCGCCAGCCCAGCAGGUCCUCCAACCCCAGAGCUAUAUGCAGCCUCCCCAGCAAAUUCAGGUUUCUUACUACCCUCCUGGGCAAUAUCCAAACUCCAGCCAGCAGUACCGGCCUCUCUCGCACCCGGUGGCUUACAGCCCCCAGCGCAGCCCACAGCUGCCUCAACAGUCCCAGCAGCCUGGAUUACAGCCAAUCCUGUCCAACCAGCAGCAGUCAUACCAAGGCAUGAUGGGAGUGCAGCAACCCCAGGGUCAGAGCCUCCUCAGCAGCCAGCGCAGCAGCAUGGGUAGCCAGAUGCAGGGCAUGAUGGGUGUGCAGCAGUCCCAGAGCCAGAGCCUCCUGAGCAGCCAGCGGGGAAACAUGGGCGGUCAGAUGCAAGGCCUAAUGGUCCAGUACACUCCACUGCCUUCAUAUCAACAGGUGCCAGUAGCGAAUGACUCUCAAGGCGUGGUCCAACAACCCUUUCAGCAGCCCGUGCUGGUACCAGCAAACCAGUCUGUGCAAGGAGGGCUCCAGGCUGGAGGGAUGCCAGUCUAUUACAGUGUUAUCCCCCCAGCCCAGCAGAACGGCACCAGCCCUUCUGUUGGCUUCUUGCAGCCUCCAGGUACAGAGCAGUACCAGAUGCCCCAGUCCCCUUCUCCUUGCAGCCCACCCCAGAUGCAGCAACAGUAUUCAGGGGUGUCCCCGGCAGGGCCUGGUGUUGUAGUCAUGCAACUCAAUGUGCCCACUGGCCCCCAGCCUCCUCAGAAUUCAUCCAUGGUGCAAUGGAACCACUGCAAGUACUACAGUUUAGACCAGCGAGGUCAGAAGCCUGGUGACAUCUAUAGCCCAGACAACAGCGCUCAGGCCGGCAGCACCCAGCUGAAUAGCCCUAUCACAUCCCCCACACAGUCCCCUACACCAUCACCUGUCACCAGCCUCAACAGCGUCUGCACAGGUCUUAGUCCCCUUCCGGUGCUCACACAGUUCCCCCGGCCUGUGGGCCCAGCACAAGGUGACGGGCGCUAUUCCUUGCUGGGCCAGCCGCUGCAGUACAAUCUCUCCAUUUGCCCCCCACCUCUGUUGCACAACCAGUCCAGCUAUACAGCACACCAGGCACAAACAGGGAUGAAGCAUGGGAACCGAAGUAAGAAGCAAGCUCUCAAGUCGGCAUCCACAGAUCUCGGGACAAGUGACAUAGUGUUGGGCCGUAUCUUGGAAGUUACCGACCUGCCUGAGGGGAUCACACGUACCGAGGCCGACAAGCUCUUCACCCAGUUAGCCAUGUCUGGUGCCAAAAUCCAGUGGCUCAAAGAAACUCAGGGGCGUCCUGGGGGCGGGGGCGACAAUAACCACGGGACUGCAGAGAACGGCAGGCAUUCUGACCUUGCUGCCUUAUACACCAUCGUGGCCGUCUUCCCCAGCCCUUUGGCAGCCCAAAAUGCAUCCCUGCAUCUCAACAACUCCCUCAACUGCUUCAAGUUGCGUAUGGCCAAAAAGAACUACGACCUACGUGUGCUGGAGCGUGCCAGCUCCCAAUAGGGGCAGACAGAGGGGCAGGGGGGCAACAAGCACAUUGGACUGGCCUCUCCAGCCUCCCCCCCCCCCCCGGCCCCUUGACCAGCCUCCUUUAGUUCCACAUGCGCCUCCCCUUCUUUCUUUUUUCCUUUUUUUAAUUUUGGUGGUAGAGGGGGUAAUUUCCUGGAGAUAUUUAUAUGGACAAAAUGAAGAGAAGAGACAUUGAUUUGUUUUGUUUUUGUUUUGUUGGGGGGGUUCUGUUUUUUUUUUUUUUAAUUAUUUUUGUGUGGAAGAACAUGUCCUGCCCUUUGCCCCCUCUCCGGAACACGUGUAUAUUGUUUCUGUUCAGCGUUGUGCCGCGGUACGGAGCCGUAUUUAAUUGCACAUACAGAUGUUGGCUGGGUAUAUUCACUGUACAUUUUAUUUAAUCUGGGUUUAUUAUUAUUAAUAUUAUUAUUUGGUUUUUAAAUAUAAAAGAAUCGUCUGUCACUUUAAAGCUGUUUCCUGCCUACCUCUCUUUCUCAGACUGAAUGUUGGGAAACCCGUCACAAGCAUUGACCAUUUUAUCGCCCCAGGCAUAUGACCUUAGGAGGCAGGGCUGGAAUAUUACCUUAUAUUUGGCCUUUUGUUGGGGGCUGGGGUGGGAAGAGGGCAGGGUUAGCUAUAAUGAGCUCUGGAAUACCUGAGAAGCAGGUAGUCAGAACCUAUGCUUCUGUCCCAACACAAAAGUCAGGUAAGACGCUCUUUGGGGAUGCUCUCUUUGCUGCUCCUUAAUGCACUUUAAUUCAGACGAACUACAAACAAAAUUGCAUACGAAAGGGACACAUCAGUUAAGAUAACAGAGUUUUUAUAUGUUGUUUAUAUAUAUAAUCCUAGUUUGUAUUAUGUGACAAAACAAGGUACUUGUAAAACUAGUCAUUUUUGUUCUCCUUCUCUUAUCCGCAGCAGAAGAGGAGUGCAUAACCUCAAAUUUUUUUAUGUAGCACUAAGUCAGCACUCCCUUUGGGCUCUAUUUUGGUUGUGUUGGACUUAAACUCCCAUUGCAUAUUGCCCUAAGAGUCUUUGAUGAAAAUUAUAGUCUAAUACA